ACACAUGCUCGCGAGGAUUGGAGCAGAUUAAGGAGGAAGAGGAAGCGAACGUGUUGUGUUGGUUUUGUUUGGAAAUUUGUGUUAGUUGCAGAGACGAAAUGGGGAGCGUCUCCGGCUUCGUGUUAUUUUUUGGACUCUUUGGGACUAUGGCGGCGGCGUCGUCGGAUGUGUUCGACAGCGUUUUGGGAAGCACCGCGUCCUGCCAUCGCAGUUGUGAAAUGACAUACACUUUACACACGUAUCCACGAGAAGAUGAACUCUACGCUUGUCAGCGAGGCUGCCGAUUGUUCUCUAUUUGCCAGUUUGUUCGUGACAGCAAAGAUUUGAAUCGCACUGCCAACGACUGUCAAUCAACCUGUCAUGAAGCCUACGCCCAGGUUAAUGAGCAGUAUGCGUGCAACCUGGGCUGCAACAACCAGCUUCCUUUUGCUGAGCAACGCCAUGAACAGCUGGAAGCCAUGAUGCCGAGGAUUCACAUGCUCCACCCAUUGAUGUUAGUCAGGGGCUUGUGGGAGGACAUGAUAAAUCAAGCUCACACUUUCAUCACCUCCACGUGGACUUUCUAUGUCCAGGCCGAUGAUGGAAAAGUGGUUGUUUUCCAGUUUGAAACGGAGAAAGACGAGGAGGACCAGGAAGUACAGAACACGUUCCCUGAUGCAAGCAUCCCCAUUUACAAAGACUACCAGCGCACGCUUAUCCAGGAAAGGGAUCGUGACAUGAGUGCUGAACGCGGCGACGACAAUUACGACUUCUUCAGCUGCAUCGCUAGGAAUCCCUGGCUACCGGGCUGGUUUCUCACCACCACCACCCUGGUGUUGUCCGUGAUGGUCCUCAUUUGGAUCUGCUGUGCAUCAGUAGCCACUGCCGUGGACCAGUAUGUGCCAGCUGAGAAAUUGAGCAUCUGCAGUGACAAAUAUUUAAUGGCCGAGCAGAAGCUCAUUCCAUACCCUUCAUCCUCCCUGCUUGUCAUUAAGUCCAAAGGGCUUGGAGAAGAUGAUGAGGUGGCAGGGCCUCUUCCUUCCAAAGUCAACCUUGGCCAGUCAGACAUCUAAAAAAAAAAUCAGUGAAAUGUGGUGAGAUAGUGACUUUUGAUUCCACUUGUGCUUCUUGUUGCAAGAAACGGCCUCUAAAAUGGUCUCAUAAUAAAUUCCUUUUGUCCUUUUCAAUGCUUUUCAAAUGGACACGUUAUAAUACUAUGCCAGUAAAAAACUAAUAGUUUUGGGGUCCUCCCCCUUCACCUAAUUUUUGUGUUAGCGCUCAGUGGGUGUGCUUAUUUUAUUAAAAGUGGUGCAAUUUUUGAGGUGAUUUCAUCCAGGCCCUCAACACUGUUGUGACAUUACAUACGCAAUGCAGUGGCCAACAACCUUAGGUUUUUGUGUUCCCACUAUUAUAAUCUGUCAAUGACAUUGAACUUUAAAAAAUAAAACAAUUUCCUAAUUCAA